AUGUCUUGUAGUUCUACUGAAGAUUUGCCUGAACAGUACAAAGAGUUGUUCACACAAGAUGGGGUGCUACUAAAGGCAUGCAUUGGUCGGCCGAUAUCAGACCUCAACAGUAUUGGGAUGCUCUGCAUAGUUCAGAAUCCUGAUAGCACCAAGUGUAUAGAAUGGAGACCAAAUGAUCUUAUCACUAUUGACUCAGAUACCCAGGAUCAGGAAUGGGCAGUUGUCAAUACUAUUGGUCGACGGCAGCGCACUCUCAGCGGCAACAUGACCUCAGACUACGCGGCGGCACGCGCUCGGAUAGUCAAAAUACCCCUCGACGAGCUGAAAACCUUCAAGGUCGCCCGUAACAGUCAGCAGAUGCAGUUCUCCACGAAACCGGGCAUCUGGCAGAACACCUUCUACUUCCAGCAUGGCAACGCGGAAGUCUUCGUGUCGCAAUUGAAGAAUCAUCUCAAAACGGCGAAGACGAGACACGACAGAAACACGUAUGUCGUAGUGGAACCGAAUACAGAGUCCCAAGUUCUGAAUAGAUCGUUCGCUGAGUUGGAUAUCUUCACGGAGAAUACUACCGAUGUGGUCUGGGGUCUGGUGUCGAAUUUCAAGCAGCGGCCGUACGAGACGACUAUGGAGGCCUUUUCGAAACUAACAGAUAUAGUGUAUUACGGAAACGAAGGUUUGAACGGGCAACGAGAUGUCAGUGAUGAGGUGGCUGAUCUGCUGACGAAGAGUAUGAGCGCUCUCGAAGACUCCACUAGCGUUACGAAGACUGAAGGAUAUGAGGUGAUCAGUGUGAAACCCACUUUACCGCCGAGACCUUGCAUACCCAGAGGCACCCCACUGUCGACAGAGAAAUGGGAAGGCUUGCAGGACACGGAUGGACGAAUUCUCGAAGUUGAGGGGGUUAAGCAGCUAAUAUUUAGAGGGGGCGUGGCACAUUCAAUUCGACACUCAGUAUGGAAGUACCUUCUCGACUACUACCCGUGGAACGCGACCCACGCGGACAUAAGAAAGAUACAGAAGAAGAAAACGGAAGAAUACUUCUCUAUGAAGCUUCAGUGGAGGUCUAUAACCGAAAAACAAGAGUCUCGCUUCAGCGAGUAUAGAGAGAGAAAGAGUUUAGUGGAGAAGGACGUGAAUAGAACGGAUAGGACACACCCAUUCUUUGCUGGGGAUAAUAACCCUAAUUUAAUGGUCCUCCAAGAUAUCCUAAUGACAUAUGCUAUGUACAACUUCGAUUUGGGAUAUGUCCAGGGCAUGAGCGAUAUACUGGCGCCAUUGUUGCUGUUGCUAGGCAACGAGGUGGACAGCUUUUGGUGCUUUGCUGGGUUCAUGGAAAAAAUUUUAUCAAACUUCGACAUAGACCAAGCCGGGAUGAAGCAGCAGCUACUAAAUUUGCAGCAGUUGCUAACGUUCGCUGUGCCAGAUCUUGCCAAACACUUGGCGACGAAGGACUCGGAAAAUAUGUACUUUUGCUUCCGAUGGCUGCUCGUCUGGUUCAAGAGGGAAUUUUCGUUUAGUGAUAUUAUGAGGCUAUGGGAGGUGCUAUGGACGGGGUUGCCCUGUGCCAAUUUUCACCUACUGAUAUGUGUUGCCAUCCUCGACGCUGAAAAGGAUGUUCUUAUUAGUGGCGAUUAUGGAUUCACAGAAAUAUUAAAGCAUGUCAACGACCUGUCAAUGUGUCUAGACAUUGACAAGAUUUUGAGUACAGCGGAAGGUAUCUAUCAUCAGCUGAUCUCCGCCCCACACCUAUCCGACCAGAUUCGGAUAAUCCUGGGUAUUCCCACCGCUUCGAAUAAAAACCCAGAAGACCCAAGCGACACGGACAUCCCAGAACAGGAAAAUGGUAAACCGGAGUCGCGAGAGAUGGAGGAAGUUACACUCGAAUAUAACGGACUUCAGAUUUCAGUAGUAACUAAAACCGUGUGGGCCUUGCUCGCCUAA